AUGACUGAACAACCAAAACCUGAAUCAAGCUUCAGUUUGAAACAAAGCAAAAUCCGCUUCUCAGAAAAGUUAGAGGAAUACCACUACAUACCCUCUCGAAACGACUUCUCAGAACGUGAACUGAGACAUUGUUGGUACACCGAGGAAGAAAAAGCAAAAUACAUUGAACGGCAUGAACGAAGUUCCAAGCGACUGGAAAAUGGCGAACGCAGCAAGCGAGGUGAAAGCUUUCGAGGAUUGGAAGGCUGGACACAAGAUGGAGCGGACGAAGCAAACGAGAUGAUUGAAGAAUGUCUUGAUGCGGUACUCCAUGAGCAACAACGUCAGUGGAGGAAAAACCGGAGGAAUCCUAUCAAUCUCGCUCUCAUUUCUGAAUCCAAAUCCAAGAAGAGCAUUAAGAUGGCACUACGAACUGCAAAGAGAGACACUAAAGAGGCUCUUAGAGCAUAUGAAAGGAUGGGAAUUGAAGAUUUGGAUUUAGAAUCAGCUACAAGCUCGAUCUCUUCUUUGAUGGCCUCCAUGCCUGCAUCCUCUUCAUCAGUGGAGGACAGUGAUGAAAAUGAGCCAGAUAAACCCCGGAGGACGGAGAAACGGGAAGGGAAACGAAGGUCAACCAGUAAACGACGUUCCAGUGCCUAUCGAAGCCGAGGCGAACACAGGAGAUCCAAAAGUACGAGUAGUUCCACUAGUCGUGGAGUGGAAAGAAUACAAAAAGCAAUAGCUCUAGAGUAA